GUGAACUUCAACUUCCUGGUCUGGUUCUUCCUUUUGGGUGCUACCAGCGUUUACGCAAGCACCUGUACUGUGGAACCACGGUCCAACUUUGACAGUCGUUUCGAUUCAAGCUUCGCAAAGCAAGCAAAGCAGCAGUGCCGCAGCGCCGGCGGGAACUCCAAGGGAGGCAACUCGGUGCGGCAAGUCUGCGAUUUCCGUGGCGAUCCGCCCAGAUCUCUUCAGCGGACGUCUCGUAUUCAAGUCUCCUCGAACGGCCGUAGCACCAAUGUGAAUGUGAGGUGGAACUGUAGGCGUUAA